AGGCUUUUGGGCGGAUACCACUGACCAGCAGCUGGACAUAAAAACAAAUACACGCGUGCGCACACACACCCCACUCCCAUACAUACAUUCACACACACGCACACACUUACACACACACACUCACACACAGGAGACAGACGACCGAGAAGAUUUUCUAAGAGACAUCUCAUCAGGCACAACAGACAAGAUGCAGUGGGCGGCCCUCCUGAUCGUGGCUGGACUCUGCACGCUCUCUCAGGCCCAGUAUGACGAUGACCCCCACUGGUGGUACCAGUACCUGCGCAGCCAGCAGUCCACCUACUAUGACCCCUAUGAGCCCUACGAGCCGUACGAGCCCUACGCCGUGGAAGAGGGCCCGGCCUACCCCUACGGCAGCCCUCCCCCCCCAGAGAGCCGGGACUGCCCUCAGGAGUGUGACUGCCCUCCGAGCUUCUCUACGGCCAUGUACUGUGACAACCGCAACCUCAAGUACCUGCCCUUCGUCCCGUCCCGCAUGAAAUACGUCUAUUUCCAGAACAACCAGAUCUCCGCCAUCCAAGAGGGCGCCUUCGAUAAUGCCACAGGCUUGCUCUGGAUCGCCCUCCACGGAAACCAGAUUACCAGCGAGAAGGUUGGCAGGAAGGUCUUCUCCAAGUUGCGCCAUCUCGAGAGGCUCUACCUAGACCAUAAUAACCUGACCAAGAUGCCGGGUCCCCUACCUCGCUCUCUCCGAGAGCUCCACCUGGCCUACAACCAGAUCUCGCGGGUGCCCAACAACGCCUUUGAAGGCCUGGAGAACCUCACGGCCCUGUACCUCCAACACAACGAGAUCCAAGAGGUGGGGACGGCUCUACGGGGUCUCAAGUCUCUGAUUAUGGUGGACCUGAGCCACAACAAGCUGCGAAAGGUACCCGACGGGCUGCCGUUGGCCCUGGAGCAGCUCUACCUGGAGUACAACAACGUCUACACGGUCCCCGAUGCGUACUUCAAGGUGUCCCCCAAGCUGCUCUAUGUACGGCUGUCCCACAACAGCCUCACCAACGCCGGCCUCUCCUCCAACACGUUCAACUCCAGCAGUCUCCUCGAGCUUGACCUCUCCUACAACCAGCUGCAGAAGAUCCCACCAGUUAGCACCAACCUGGAGAACCUCUAUCUCCAAGGCAACCGGAUCAAUGAGUUCUCCAUCAGCAGUUUCUGCACCGUGGUGGAUGUCAUGAAUUUCUCCAAGCUUCAGGUGCUGCGACUGGAUGGCAACGAAAUCAAGCGCAACGCCCUGCCAGUUGACGCGCCCCUCUGCCUGCGCCUCGCCAGUGUCAUUGAGAUCUGAGUCUGCCCCAAACCCUGGGCCGCCUCUGCCUCAGGGACCUGGGUGGGGGUAGGGGGAACCCCCGCUGGAUGACCUGGGCUUGAAAGCCCCAGUGUUCGGUGUGGGGAAGGUCUCCCCAGUCCUAACCCCUCUAGCUUGAUAUGGUUUUGGCUUUUGCAGGAUUAUGCCCCAUUGGAUUCCCAAGCCCCUCCCCACAAUCUCUCUUCCUAUUGGCUGCAUGUUUCUCCCCCAGCUGGACAAUCCAGUUGUGUAACCCCAAGACCUAGGGAUCGGUCAAGAGAAACAAGCUACCCCCGGGAGAAUUCAGGCCUGGAGACUCGCCGGUAGCCUGCCCUUCUCUGGAGAGGUACGGGGCAGAGGGGCAGAAUAGUCUGUCACCAUGUUCUGCUUUUUACCUCUCCCUGAAGCCCUUCCCAACAGUGAUCUCACACAGGCUCUCAUCAGCUCCCAAAAGCCUCCACUCCACAUCUCCCUCCGAGCUACUCUCUAUGACCUGACAAAUCUUUCCACUCUUACCAAUCUUCCCAGAUAUUUUUCUGCCAAUGGUCCCUUGCGACAGCCAACUAUAUUUCACAACUUCCCUAAGAUUCCUGGGUAAUGUGAAGCCUUUGAUGUUCCCUCCCCAACCUGACUGGGAGGCUUGCACAGUACUUCCGAACUCCCAACUGUGCUCCAUCAGAAUACACCUCCUAGUCUACCUGACCCUCCACUUUACACAGUUCCUCCCUUCUCAACUACUCCCCCAACUGCUCCACAUGAGCUUCUGAGGACCACCUCAAAGGACAGUCCUUCCUCAAGUUUUAUUUUAACCGGGAAGUUCUUGGGAUGGGUAGCUCUUUGGGUUUAACUUUAAUCUUCCCUGCUGCAGUUUAAGCUCAUUUACACUUCUUUCACUCUGAGCAGAGGGUCUUUCAAAGGAGUAAGAGAAAUAGUUUCCCCCUGACAGCACCCUCAGGGAGGUAAAUUAUCUUCUGGUAUCAGAAGGCUAAAAUGAGAAAGCAGCGUAUCAGUGUGUCAUCCAAGCCAUCCACAACUCUGAUGGAUUGGUUUGUUUUUCCCCCCUCUCCUGCCCCUCUCCACCCACCCAGUUCUCACAGGCAUGAGGUCCAAGAGGCAAAAAGAAGCAGUUUCUGGAAGGACAGCAAAGAAGCCACAGAUCCCCUCUGGGCCGUCCUUAGCUUUUACACAAUAGCCACUCCCCAAGAAUUAAGACCAGGGCAGUGAAUUUCCCACCAGUCAAAUUCCUUCCUGGCUGCUCACCUAGUCUAGUUUCCCAUCCCUCAAAGAUCCAACCCCAGGGAAAUCUAACCUGAAUAGACUGAGCCCAGGAGAUGGUUGGGUCCCUCAACCUCACUUCCUGCCCUCUCAUUCCACCCACCAUAUUCCAAAGUUUCUCCCAGGACUCCAUGUCCUUCAGAUCCAACCCUUGCACUUGGCUAAAUUUCUGAACCUGGGCAGCAUCACCAAGGACCCCCGCCAUCAGUGUUGGGCUACUCCAGGGGAAAUCCAAGCACUUGCCCAAGAGCCCAUAUUGUAGCCCCCCCUUUUCUGAGAGUGAGGAAAGAAAUGACGGCCAACUGAUGAGCUCCAUUUCUUCCCCAGCUCUGUGCUCUCCCACUCCCUGACACCACAGAAAAUGGCACAAUCCUCAAAAGCCCCUCCCCCUGAUGUCUCUCUCCCACUGGGAGCUUCCUCCAGUCACUGGACAUCAAAGGACUUUUCCAGAAAUCCUGGGCAGAAUAAGUAUCAGGGUCAAGAGUAGCCUGACGCUGUCCAAAACUCAAAAUGGCAGGUGUUCUGUGCCUCGCCCUAGCCAGCCUCCUUUGACUCAGAUGGCUUGGCAAACAUUAAGACCACAAGCAAAGGAGACAGCCUGGAAGUCAGCACUGUGAAAUGAAGUCGGGGUCUUCUCUUUGGGUGAGGACAGCAGAAUGCAAGUUAGACUGAACUUGUUGCACCCAAGCAAACAAUUCCCUUCAGGAGUGCCACACUAUCUUCUAUAGACUUGUCCCGCCUCGGGACUCCUCUGUGGGGUUUCCAAAGGGAGAAGGUCAAUCUGAAGUAAUGGCUGACACGAUCCUUCCUUCUUCAUUUAUUCCUAGGGUCUCACUUCAUUGUUUGGAAGUUCAUCUUUUCCAUCAAACUCUCCUGCUACGGUCAUGCUCAGCUCCAUUCAUUUCCCUGGAGAAAAUAUCCUUCUCCUCCGUAGUUGAAAUGUCCUUGAGCUGAUGGGAGGAGCCCCAUGGGUUGUGGUCCAUUUGCCAGGCAGAUGGGGUCCUGUAUGGCCAAAACUGAGGAAUUUUCAAAUUUUCUGACUUGGGGGCCAGAUGAGGGAAUGGUGACCUAGGGGCUGCUGGCCUCAAAAAGAAUCCAACUGCCCUCCAUUGUAGAGCCCAGUCAUGGCAGAACUACUGUUCUGGAUUGAUUGAUCAAUCGAUUGAUUGGGGCUUUAGGCCAGACCCUGCUGCCAAGCUGCUAAGGAACCACAGGACCAACGUCUAGUUGUUUCCCUAACCGACACCAGAACAUCGCUUAUGCUUCCAAGCUGCUUCUCUGGGAGGGGAAGUGGGAUCUCUGAAUUGGCUCUGGGCCCUGAAUUCCGCAAAAGCCAAAGAAGCAGCACACGAGGGGCAGGGGGGAGGGUGAUGUCUCUCCUACCCUCCUCCCCAACCAGUGCUUCUCAGAAACUGUCUGCAUGUAAGCCACCUGUCUCUAUACAAGAUCCUGUACUUUUGGCAAAGCAUUGAGUGGUAGCUAUAUUCACCAAUAAAACCUUUUUAUUACAAUUGCA